AUGGGUGCUGGACAAAGCGAGAUCGCAUAUAACUCUGCAGUUACUGCUGCCGGUUAUACAAGCAUCACAGAUAGCGAAGAAGAUAUUCCAAAGUCAACAUCAUUUGCAGAAGCUAAUGAGUACUGUUUAAGUAAUACAAUCAUCAAAACACCGUUCCAUGCCAACUGGCACAUGCAUGAAGGCGCUUUCUACCCACCUUCUCCAAGAAUGGGAACUGCUUUCGUUUAUAAUCCUAAUAAUCACAGGAUCUACUACGCCUUCGGUGAAAAAGCAAACAAUGAGUACUCAACUGAAUUAGUUUGCUAUGAUAUCGGAGCCAAUACAUGGUCAACAGUAAUACAAGACCUUGGAAUCGGCAGAUCCCAUGCAACUGCUACACUUAUCGGUAACGAUCUUUAUAUCUUUGGUGGUAACAAUAAUGAGACAUAUUAUAACCAAUUAAUCAAAGUUAACUUAAACACAAACGAAUUCUCCCAACUCCAAGGCCAUGGCGAGGUUCCUUCCCCAAGAAAUAAUGCAGUUAUCGGAAACUUCAACGGAAAGAUCUAUAUCUGGGGAGGUUUUUCAAAAGUUAAUGUAGAUUCAAAUAUCUAUGUUUAUGACCUCAAGUCUAAUACCUGGUCAAUUGUAGAUUGUGAUUUCACGCCAAGACCAACCGCAGGAUUUACCCAAAUAUAUGAUAAGAUCUACAUUUACGGAUCCCACAAUACGGAUGGAAUGUUAAUUUUAGACCUCCAGAAAUGCGCAUUCGAACUUAUCCCCAACAAAGGUUCAUAUCCACAGACAACACUCAACUACCCAUCAGUUGUUGCAUGUGGCUCUAAUUACAUCCUUUGCUUUGGAGGUACAAGCGACUUCGUAUUUUCUCAUUUAUUCGCUUAUGACGUUCUCCGUAGAUGGUGGUUCCUCUUCCACAUUAAGCCAGUGAUGAACGAUCAGCACAAGGGUGAGAUCAGCGAUAUUGGCCUCUUCAAGGUCCCAAGAAACCAUUCCGCUGCUGCUGUCUACGAUACAAAGAAUCGCCAGAUCAUUUAUACAUUCGGUAGCAAAUUAGAUCAAGAUUCUCCACUUGGUAUCUUUGAAAUGGCAAAAGGUAUCGCUCAAUGCAACCAAAGAGAAGAUAUGGUUGCUAUGCUUAGAUAA